AUGUCGCUCGUGGCGCCAACACACCGGCCGUCUUCCAAAGAUCGCCCCAGCCAUGCCCGCCUGCCCAAGCCGACGCCCAACGCGAUCCGCCUGCGCACCCCCAAUGCGACGCUGCCCGAGGAGGCCAUGUCCGCGAACAAUCUGGGGGAGGGCGGAGACGCUAUUGCCGAGGAGGAUCCGCGGGCGGCGCGCUGGCGAGAGCACUACCGCCGCACCGAAGCGCGUCUGAACGCGGUAUUAGGGGGCACGUCGCUCCACGACACGCUCGAUGCGCUGGACAAUGGCCCCCAGGCGUCCGAUGAUGUCCCGACGGCGCAUGACGCGCACCCGGCCGUCACGCCAAAGAAGAGGGCGGCCAGGACAAUCGACGAGGACGACUACGGGGACGACGAUGACGACGACGAUGAAGACGACACACACACCUCGCCGCUGCUCUCGCGAAGCGCCCCGAACGGCCUCGCUGCUGCCCCCGACACGCCAACCCUGGUCCGCACAUCGCCUCCCUCGAGCAAACGGGGCAUGGAGAGAACACCGUCGCUGGACCAGGCCAAGUCGUCCGACGAUGUGCGCAAGAAGCUGCAGCAGGACAAGGAGGCCGCCGAGGAGGCUGCCAAGCGCAGUUUCCACACCAUCUUCUACACCCUGGAGAGCGACCGCGACGCCAUGAUGGAGCAGCAGAAGCUCGACGAGCUCGACCGGCAAGUCGAGACCGAGGUGGCUGGACAGCCUGCGACUGCCCAGCCCAACGGCGUCGUCGCCGCUCCUCAGCAGGGCACCCUCAGCACCACCAACCUCGGCGCAUCCAGUCUGACCCUCAAGCACCUCAUCGCCCGCAUCGAUGCGCAACGCGACAGAGUCCACGCGACCGACGCCCAACUACGCAGUCUGAUCAGCGAAGUCCGCAAGAACAGGAGCAAGUGGGCCAACGAGGACCGCGUCGGCCAGGAAGAGCUAUACGAGAGCAUGGAGAAGGUCAUCAUGGAACUCAAGGCUGGCGAGCACGCACACCCCUUUCUACAGCGCGUCAACAAACGCGAAGCACCCGACUAUUACCACAUCAUCAAGCAGCCCAUGGACAUUGGCACCAUGAUGAAGAAGCUCAAGCAGCUGCAGUACAAGUCGAAGAAGGACUUUGUCGACGACCUCAUGCUCAUAUGGUCAAACUGCUUGAAGUACAACGCGGACCCCAGCCAUUUUCUCAGAAAGAAAGCACUCCACAUGAAGAAGGAAACCGAGAAGCUGGUGCCUUUGAUACCAGAAAUCACGGUCCGCGAUCGCGCCGAGGUUGAAGCUGAGGAGCGGAGGAUACGCAAUGGCGACAUCGACGCGGACGGUGCUGAUGACAGUGAAGAUGAAGAACCUAUCAUGGCUUCUCGAGGUCGAAAGGCACCAAGCAAAGGCGGCAAAGGCUCGAGCACAGCCAGAAAGGCGCCUCCAGCAGGUCUGGAGGGCACACCAGCUCCAGACGCUAAACCACCUGUUUCCUCUUUGAACCACCAAGUCUCUAACUUGAAGAACGAGUUUCUGCGCGCAGACUCAGAGAUGGAAGGUAGCGUUAAUGGAUUUUCAACUCCCCCACCUGGAGCUUUAACGCCAUUGGGCCUCAACGGCGCGUCAAGAAAUGGCUUGAACGGCAGUCAAGCUGACAUUUCUGAUGUUGAUGGCACUGCUGUUUCAGUCAGUGGCUCCGCUCUGGAGGAGGACGCUGAUCUCGAUGAUCUGGAAUACAAAACCUGGAAACAAGUAACCAAGAAGGAUCGAGCGACAAUCGCCGCAGAACGACACCGCCUUUUCCGUAACGAGCAGCUCCAACCUGAGGAGCCUGCUAUUCUGCGUUCCAAAGCUGGCAUGCGGAGGUGGCAACGCCAUCGCAAACAAGCAAACGAAGAGGAAUCCUCACGCGAUCCUAUCUCCGCACCAGACGGCAAAGAUGGUGUCCAGGCCAUCGCCGGGGAGUCGCUUGCUGAAGGUAUUGAGGGUGAAGACGAGCGCCAGAUACCCGACUAUUAUGACCCUGUCUGCGCCAUCCCAGAUCUUAAUGAGCGCCACCAAUGGGUCGAAGACGGCGAAGGCCAGGUCAUUCAGCGCGCAGAAGAGUAUAUGCGUAUAUUCCCAUCCGGCCAGUUCACAGCACCCAACACCGGUGUGGCCAAGCGUAUGGAUGCGAAUAUGCAGGCAAUGCAAGACACCAGGAAGAUUUGUGCGAAGAUUGGCAUAGUGAAGCAGAUGCAGCUUCAAUCACAGCUAUACCAAAACCAGUUCCAGAAAUAUGAGCCCCAGCCAUUCAUGGAACAAGACAUCGAGCCAUUUGUCGUAUCUGAGGAUGGUCCAGUAAUGGCUCCUUAUGUGUGUCGUGCAGCUCUACAAAGAAGCGUUGGCAAAAUCUUCUAUCACGCUGGGUUCGAGGAGUUUCAGCCUGCGGCGCUUGAUGCGGUCACCGACAUUGCGGCAAAGUUUUUCCAGAACCUUGUUGCGAGUCUUGGUGUCUAUCGCGAAACACCGAAGAUGAGGUCUGAGACGCCGGUGACCCUUCCGAGCGGGCAACUUACCAGCUGGGUCCCACGGUUUACCCAGGAAGAGGCUGUGCUCCAUUCUCUGCAUGCUAACGGUGUUGAGCUGGAGAGCUUGGAGACGUACGUUAAGGACGAUGUCGAGCGACUCAGUACCAAGCUUGCUGGUAUGCACGAUCGUAUGCGGUCGUACUACGCCGAGCUCCUUCGACCCGCUCUGGACAACGUUGGCACAGAUGGUGCUGGUGCCUUCCACGAUGGCAGCGAGCAGUUUGUUGGAGGAGACUUUGCCGAAGAUAUCGGAGAAGACUUUUUCGGCUUCAAGGAGCUCGGUCUCGACAGAGAGUUUGGCCUCACCUUUAGCGUGCCAUUGCAUCUGCUGCAGAACAGAGUUCACAAUGCCUAUGCAAGGCAGGACACGAAUAAUGCUACUGCUGCUGGUGAUCUCAUGCCCGAGCCAUCGAAAUUCGAAGCAGUCACAUUACAAGUCGUCGACGGCCAGAUCGGUCUUGUGCAAGACUGGUUGCUCAACAAACUUCAUGAUAAUGGCAAUCAAGCGCUUAUCGAGGACGACGACCUGCCGCCCAAGCAGCGCUUCCCCAAGCCGCGUCUGCCUCCUACAGGAAAGAUCUCAAGUCCUCGAAAGCGCCCAUUGAGAGAGCAACAGCAAAUGGCACGCAAAAAGCGCAAGCUUGACGAAGAAAAAGAAGAAAACGGGAAGGAUAAUGGGCUUAUGAAGGGGCUCGGCAAGCCAAUCGGCAAGUUGAAGCUUGAACCUGCUCACCGAGAAAGCCACGGCGUUCAGGAUCCAGAAAAAGAGGAUGGGAGUGCUCAUGGGAUGCCUAGUCCGCCGGAGUCAUUUUAG